GUCACUUCUGAUAAGCCAAGGAAAGGCUCCCGAGGAAAACUGUUACAUUAUAGCAGAUUUUUGCUAUUUCAUCAAAUUAUUCCGCAAAUGUAAACGAACAGCAAUCAGGCAUAGUCUAUCUAGUCACGGAAAUAUGGAAUGUGUGUUUCAUUGGCUUUUUGAGAAUUGAUAGUGAGCUCCUGUCAAUGGAAGCCGUGAUGGAGGUUAAGGAGUCAGAGACAGCCAUGGCGGGUUUUGAGGAGUCAACGGAAGCCACAAUGGGCGUUAAGGAGUCAAUUUCAGCCGCCAUGGACGUGAAGGAGUCCAUGUCAGCCAUGAUGGAAGUUAAUGAGUCAGAGUCAAAUGAAGCCGUUGUGGACAUUAAGGAGUCACAGGGAGCUGUUAUGGAACUCAAGAGGCAGUCUUCCUCCUCUGGCGGCCAGGGGCGGGACAGAGACCGGGAGUCGGACAGCUAUCUCCAGCACCUCCAGUGUCCCCAUUGUCUGCUCCAGUGUAAGAGCCACUGCAGCUACCUCAUCCACAUCGCUAAGAUCCAUCCAAGCCGCCUGGAUGACACGCCUGUGGGUCGCCUGGGCAACGCCAUCUUCUACCAGCGCACGGCACGGCUGUUCCACUGCAGCUUGUGUUUCCACACGGCCAGGGAGUUCCCUCGCCUCUACGACCACCUGCUCACCUGCCACUGCCUCUCUGGGAAGGGUCAGGGUGAGGAGGGAGAAGGGGAUGAGCGUAGGGGGGAGGGGGGAGAAGAACAGGAAGGUGUCAGUGUAGAUGUGCUUUCAAAAGACAGUAGUAUUCCUCUCAGUGAGCCCAAUGCAGAAGAGGAGGAUGAGGACAAAGGAGGAGCGAAGAAAGAGGAAGGUAGGAAAAGAGGACUAGAGGAGAUGGAGGAAGGCGAGGAUAACGAAGACGACUCCCGCUCAGCCGGCAGCCCCAUGAAACGAAAUAGAAGCUCUACGGCAGGCAGUGAGGAAGAUGAUCAUGAUGAAGAGGAAGAGGAGCUACAGACCAACAACAACAAAAAAAGUGACAAACACAAAAAGCAGGAAGAGGCCUUCCUGACCAAAUAUAUCCAGCGCCAGGGGGGUCGCUACAACUGUCGCCUGUGCGGCAAGCGCUCCAAGAUGAAGGGCCAUGCCAUCUACCACGUUAGCUACAAGCACGACGUGCCCAAACCUUACUGCUGUAAAGAGUGUAGCAAGGCCUUCAUACUAGAGUAUUCGCUACUCAACCAUAUCUACCACAACCACAGACAGGGCAUGUACCGCUGCCUCUUCUGCCCCUUCAGCUCUGACGUGGUGUGGGGCAUAAAACGCCAUGGCAACCGCUGCAAUGCCCGAAGCGGGGAGGAGGGGGAGGGCAGCAAUGGAGAAGAGUGAUUGGUUAAUGGUUGAUUACACAUACUUUACCUUGGUAAUCAGGAGAAGGGACAUUACAGCCAGGCCUAAAUUAUCUAGGUUCUAGAAUCUCUUUGCAUUGUACAUCUACUAGGCUAGUAACCCUAGGUACAGUAGAUUCCACUGUCACAGAGGUGUAGAUUCUCAGUGAAGCAUGUAUUUACUUCCUCUGUCCACACAGUGAUGAAGAAUGAUGUACUUUGUCAUUCUGUUGACUUUUCCUGAUAUACGUCUGUGGAGCAGAUGGACUCAAAUGUAGAAUAUGUACUUUGUGAACUCGCAAACAGCCGUAAUAUGUACAUGACAGCAGUUGAUGACUCAUAAUGCUACACAAUGAAACUAUCAACUGACAAAACAUGUUUUUGUGUGUAUUUUUUACCUGCCUUUGUAUUAUCUUUAUUACAUGGGAUGUGUUUGUAUCUUGGAAAACAAUACAAUAAAAAUAUUACAAAUUUUA